AGGCUAACCCUAACAAAAGAACACACUGCUUUCAAUAAAUGCUUUGUAUCUAUCGAUCUUCUUAGCUCGAGAAUUAAUGGCGGAAUUCGACAGAAAAGUCCGCACAUACUGUUCCAUAAAUCCUUCCGCCAUUGCUACAAAUCCACACUUCAUUCCUUAAUUAACUUAUAUAUAUAUAUAUAUAUAUUCAUACUCCAUAGAUCGGUAAUCAUGUCAUGCUUAUGCAGUUUCCGCAGACUUUUUCAGUUAGGUUUUCUUUCCCCAAAUUUUGGCAUCUCAGAUGAAAGGAAGAACCGCCGACUUGAUGCGCAUUCAAUCGCCAUGAAUUAGCAGAAUCGUUUGGGGGGAGAUUCGGAAGAAUUUUGCAUUUGUUGAAGAAUCGUUUUGGUUUGGAUUUGGACUCAUGUUGUGCUUGUGUUCUUCGAUUUCUGGUUGAACAUGAAUUUGAACAGAUCUCUUCUCAUUUCCUCCAAAUUCCUCCACAUAAUCUGCCGGAAUCUUUAGCACAGAAAUCAGGCGAGAUCCGCCGGCGAUUUCAUCCUCCACCAGUCCGAUUGAUUUCGCCGCUCGAUGAAACGCACUCUCCGCCCAAUCUCCAGCAUUCUGCUGCUCCUGGUCAUCGUCGGCACUCUCAGCGUCAGAGUCCUCCUGUAUCGGACUGGAUCCUUCCUGUCCGAAGCGGUGGUUUUUCAGCCCCCUCCGAAGCCGGUUUUCAACGAAACUCUUCUGAAACUCGCUUCCACCGACAUUGCCGAGCCGAAAUUGAAGCAGGAGAUCGAGGAAUUGUUGGAAGGUAAUUUCCGCAGCCGUGGCCGGCAGAGGUCGUUCCUGUCUUCUGGAAAGUACCAUAUCGAUGCUAGAGUUAGGUCAGCCAGGGGAUUUCCGUUGCAGCUCCGGUCGCCGGAGUUUUACCGGCUGUGGUUGAGCUUCCGCAGGUUUUUAGGCGAUUGGUGGAGGAAACGACGGUUGUUCUCUCCCGAUUUAAUGUCAGAUUUAGUGAGUACAGUCAAGGCUUCCGCCAUAGACAAACACUAUGGGAAGAACAACAACAACAACAAGGAAUCAAUGGGGAAGAAAUACAAGAGCUGUGCAGUGGUAGGUAACAGUGGAAUUCUAUUGAAAACCGAUCACGGCAAUCUGAUCGACAGCCACGACGCCGUGAUCCGAUUGAACAAUGCUCGAACAUCAAGCUUCAAGAGCAAUGUCGGAUUGAAAACCACCAUCUCCUUCGUCAACAGCAACAUCCUGCAUUUGUGCGCCCGUCGCGAGGGCUGUUUCUGCCAUCCCUACGGCAGCCAUGUCCCGAUCAUCAUGUACAUAUGCCAGCCGGUCCAUUUCUUCGAUUAUUUGGUGUGCAAUUCCUCCCAUAAGGCUCCAUUGAUCGUCACGGAUCCACGCUUCGACGUCCUGUGUGCAAGAAUCGUAAAGUACUACUCGCUUAAACGUUUCGUGAAGAUCACAGCGAAGGAUGUGGCCGAAUGGGGGGCUGCUCAUGAAGGCUCCAAUUUCCAUUACUCGUCCGGGAUGCAGGCUGUGAUGCUCGCCGUCGGAAUUUGCCAGAAGGUGAGUAUUUUCGGAUUCGGGAAGGCUGAAACGGCUAAGCAUCACUACCAUACUAGCCAGAAGGCCGAGCUUCCACUCCAUGAUUAUGAAGCAGAGUAUGAACUCUACAAGGAUUUGAUGGAGAGGCCUCACGCAAUCCCCUUCAUCUCAGAUAAGUUCAAAUUCCCUCCUGUUGUUAUGUACCAUUGAUAAUUCUGAAAUUUGAUUUCUGUUCUUGUUAGUUAGAAGUAUCUUGUCCAUUUUUGAAAUGAUUCGAUGCCACUGAUAUUUCGAUUGGCCUCCAUGGAUAGUGUUCUUUGUCUCUUUGUGCUGUUAGGUUCCUUUCACUCUCAAGUGUAAAGUUCAGUGAAAAGGGAUCAUUUUUCGAUUUGCA